UUGUACAGUACCAAAAAAGUUCAAAGUACUUAAUCGAUUAAGUUCUACAGUGUUUGGGAUAUAAAAACAUUACUAUGGCCGAGUGGUAUCAUGAAAAAAUCGCCAAUUUCGCCUCUAAGGAGGAAUUGGCACAACGAAGGGAAAUCUUGACCGAAAUCAAGCUGAAAUUAGACAGUUUGAGCGAAGCCGAUCGCAAAGGUAUCGUCCAGAGGAUAGAUCUCAAACCUUUGUUUAUGAUGUUGCUAACCUCAAAUGACAAAUUUGAAACUGAACAGAUAUGCGACGCAAUAGCUAAUUUUUCGCACGUCGCGGAGCCAGGAUACGUCCUGCGGAAGCACAAGUCGGACAUUUACGAUUUGAUAUCUCACAGCCAAAAUAUUGCAAGAGCCUACGCGCUAGGAGAGAUGCUCGUGGUUGCAAGAAACAAAGAAUUGUUUCCUCAGCUGUUGAAAGAGACGGAUUUACUGGUAAAAGCUAUUGAAGUCGUUGGUGAUAAAGAUAUUGGCGUGGCUCAAAUUGCGAUGAAGAUUUUGAAGAGGAUUGGACAAAAUCAGGAAGGUAUAAAGUUAUUGUACAGCGGGCCGUUGAUGAGAGCAAUAGCUAAAGUCAUGACUGCCGGUGAUGUGGCCAAGUUUAGAGUGUACGAUGUGGUUGUCGAAAUUGCCAUAAGCAGUGAGGCUGGCCUCGAAGCGUCCAUCAAUUCAGGGUAUCUUCAUGAUUUGCUCAGAAUAUAUGACUCUGAUGAUAUCCUUUUACAACUAAACGUACUACAGACGAUGUGUGAACUUGCAUCGACAAAGGGUGGUCUAGCGUUUUUGGAAGAGCAGGGAUUUGUUAAAAAGUUGACAGACAGGAUAGUCACGGUCAAUGAUAAUCCGCUUGAUCAAUUGUUGAUACCUGGUUUAAUGAGCUUCUUUGGACACUUGGCGAAAUUGUAUCCUCAAGAAGUAUUCUCAAAAUAUCCACUUGUUAUUUCUGCUCUUUCAAAAACUUUCCACUCUGAUGAGCAGAAUCAUGUUAAAAUAGCAAUUGAGACUUUUGCUCAUAUUGCAAGUACUCUUGAGGGAAAAUAUGUCCUCCAAUGUAACAAAGAUUUAACAACAACUUGCUUGGAAACGGUUGGAAAAGUUAUUCAGACCUGGCAGACACAAUAUAAAGUUGAUGCACUGAAUUCUUUGAUAACAAUCUUGAGUAUCGAAAAAUCAGAACAAAACAACAGAUCAUUAGAACUUACAAAAUCUUGGUUCAAUUUGAUCAGCGAUAAGGCACUGGAGGUCAUUAUUUCUUUAUGUAAGCAACCAUUUGCCGAUAUCAGAGUAGCAAGCCUUCAGGUCUUUUCUGUAAUUGCAUCACAGCCAUGGGGUCAAGAAUACAUUGCAAAUUAUCCUGGAUUGAUCGAGUUUCUAUUAGAUAGGAACAUUGAAUCAUUCAAAGAGUCUAAGGAAGUAAAGUUUCAAAUUGUAAAAAAUCUCAAAGAUUCCCAAUCAAAUUUGUUUGACGCCGAAACGAUGCAAAAAAUCAAACAGUUUGUUAGCGAAGGACCUUUCUAUGUUGACGUAGUUACUGAAGUUGCUCUAGAAGGUGCCUCAUAAUUACGCUUUGUGCUUUACUGUUUAAGAUCGUAUUUAA